AGAUUCUUAAAGUGUGUGCUGGACAAUAACUUAUUGCAAAAUGCUGCAUCUUAUUCUGCUUCUCUCAGGGAUUUGUAAAGUGGCCAUGGCUAUGCCUUUACCUCAUUUUUACUCUUACUCACUUGCUGUUGGGGAUGGCAGUGGAACUGAAUAUUCUACUGCACAUGUGGGUCGCAUCACUGGGAUCAGAGUCUGGGAAUAUUCUAAUGCACACAUUGGUGGGAUCCAGCUGAGAUAUGACCGUGACUGGACAGAAGUGAUUGGUGCAAAUUAUGGCACUCUAAUGGAGAUGACACUCCUUGAAAAUGAAUCCAUCAUUCAGGUGUCUGGAAAGUAUGACAACGGUUACAUCUAUGAGGUGAUGUUUGUCACCAAUCAUGGGCGAUCAUUUAAAGUGGGGCAGCCUUCUGGAACUUCAUUUAACUUCUACCCGACCCAUGAUGGAAGUGAACUGCGUUUCCUCAGUGUUCGACAGAAUGGCAAUGGCAUCACCUCCAUUGGCACUCACUGGGCUGUGUACUACACCAGUGCCAACAAUGUAAUGGCUUUGGGUAGUCCAAGCUCAGCUCUGCCUUGAAAUAAAUCAAUUUUACUGAAUUCUUCCUGCCAACACUAAGGAAAUGUUUAACUUUUUUAUUUCUGUUCACAUUUUAUGCAAACUUCUCUUUCAACAUGAUAAUUACAUGUUUUGUUCCUUUCAGCCUAUACUUUAUGUUCAGUGUAAAUAGAUGUUCCAAAAUAAACUCAAGGAAUCUUUAUUCUGAAUA